UUUAGUUUACUUUUCGUACAGGCCGCCAUAUUGGAGGCGGCAUUCGUCACUUCAUUCUGACUUUUUUUCGGUGUAUUCAUGUUGUGAUUGUGAUCCUCGAAAAACUCGAAAUUGGGGGCACCGCAACAGACGUUCUUCAUGGGUUUUGUAAUGUUUGUUGGGGCCCCAGUUGUGCCGUCGCUGCAAGUGUUUUCCGCAAGUCCGAGUGCCUCGAGCUGAACGUUGAGCCGAGUCGUGUGAGACGGGGCCGGAUUCGGUUUGGAACGGGUGAAAAAUUCGCACUCGCAAACGUGAACAGGAAAAAGGCCAGGAAGGAGCCAGAGGAUUCGGUGGAAAAUCUCGGGUUUCUGGUGCCGUGCGAGUAGAGUUUCAGUGGUAUCCGGUCGUCUGUGCCGGGAGUGGAAUUGAGCGAAAAGUCGGUUCGCGGGCAAGGCUCGUUCGCGAAGGGCAGCAUUUCGAGGCUCCUGGGUGCUUGUGAUUGGACCUGCAGACGAAAUCGUGCGGUCUGGGCAGUAGUCGUCGGCGGAAAAGUGUGUGCGAGAACGCAAGUGAGGAAAAGGCAAGGUGAAAAAAUCAGUUCAGAUUCGGACCUCGCCCGUCAAAUAUAUCGCAUUCGCGCACAAACACAGUCACGCGCGGCACGCAUCCAUUGAUAACGGGGCCCGCUAUCACACGUACGUCGUAUGUUCCAAUUGGAAUAAACAACAGGAAUCGGAUCGUCGUCGCCUUCGCUGCCGCCACGGUCGUCGUGCAAAUUUGACAGGCCGUCGUGGACAUCGUCGUCGUCGUCGCCGCCGCCACCGCCAAUUUGCAAAGCAGAGAAGAAAAUUGGACGGACUGCGGCCGCAGGUUGUGAGGCAUUGCACGCGGCCCGCCUUUGGCUUUGAAUGCAGUGCUCGACUGAGUCGAAGGAACUCCUGACAUCUGAGCUAGAUUCGGAGUCUGAGCCGCCAGGCAGCUGCUGCUAAUCACCUGAGCCGAACGCUGGAGACGGGGAGCGCUGGCACUUGUCUUCUCCGGAGAGAAUUGUGUGAAAAACAAGACACAUGACGGAGGCACUAAGCAUUUUGGAUAUUGUCUAAAAAAGAUAUUAAAAAGUGUGGCUUGUGGUGGUGUAAUUAUAAUAUAUUUUUAAACAAGAACAAUCGCUAAACAGGAAGUUCGGUCUCAUGUGAAAAGACAUCUAGUUCUAAUUCAAUGAUCUUUUAAUACUAUCAUAGUUGUGUUGAUCACAAAAAUUCGUUGGCUAGUAAAAUUCAAAAAAGAGUGUAUGCGUUGUCAAAAGGAUAAAGAUAAUCGCUAUAUUUGCAAAUUUAAUUAUUUUGGAACGACGGGGGAGAGCUUAAUAAUAGGAUUUUAGUAUGGAGUGCUGUUUAUCUGAGGAAGCCAAGGAACAGAAACGCAUCAAUCAGGAAAUCGAGAGGCAACUACGUCGAGAUAAACGAGAUGCGCGACGAGAACUUAAACUACUACUACUCGGUACUGGUGAAUCGGGAAAAUCUACAUUCAUUAAACAAAUGCGUAUUAUCCACGGCAGUGGUUAUUCCGAUGAAGAUAAAAAAGGAUUUAUAAAAGUAGUUUAUCAAAACAUAUUCAUGGCAAUGCAAUCGAUGAUCAAAGCCAUGGAUAUGUUAAAAAUCCAGUAUGGAUCACCAGAAUCUAUAGAACGUGCAGAAUUAGUGCGGGAUAUAGAUUAUGAAACAGUGACAUCGUUCGAGGAUCCAUAUGUGAGCGCUAUCAAGGGUUUAUGGGCUGAUAGUGGCAUACAAGAAUGUUACGACCGACGUAGGGAAUAUCAGCUAACAGAUUCGGCGAAGUAUUACCUUUCGGAGAUUGAUCGAGUUGCAGGACCAAAUUACUUACCAACUGAGCAAGAUAUCCUAAGAGUUCGAGUACCGACCACAGGAAUUAUAGAAUACCCUUUUGAUUUAGAGGAAAUUCGGUUUAGCUACAUAAGUGACAUCGAUCGUAUAGAAAAACCGGACUAUUUACCAUCAGAACAAGAUAUUCUACGUGCUCGAGUUCCCACAACUGGAAUUCUUGAAUAUCCAUUCGAUUUAGAUGGAAUUAUAUUUAGGAUGGUAGACGUAGGCGGACAGCGAUCAGAAAGAAGAAAAUGGAUCCAUUGUUUCGAGAAUGUAACGUCGAUUAUUUUUUUAGUUGCAUUGUCUGAAUAUGACCAAAUCUUAUUCGAGUCUGAAAAUGAGAAUCGUAUGGAGGAAUCGAAGGCUUUGUUUAAAACCAUUAUUACGUAUCCGUGGUUCCAAAAUUCAUCGGUCAUUCUUUUCUUAAAUAAGAAAGAUUUAUUAGAAGAAAAAAUUAUGUAUUCUCAUCUAGUAGACUAUUUUCCUGAAUAUGACGGCCCGCAAAGAGAUGCAAUAGCUGCAAGAGAGUUUAUACUCCGUAUGUUUGUAGAUCUUAAUCCUGAUUCGGAGAAAAUAAUAUAUUCUCAUUUUACAUGCGCUACAGACACUGAGAAUAUAAGAUUUGUUUUUGCUGCCGUUAAGGAUACUAUUCUGCAAUCAAAUUUAAAAGAAUAUAAUUUGGUUUGAACUGAAAUUAUAGUGACUUGCAAUGUUUUUAGUUUGUGAUUGUUGUCCUUAUUAUAAUUAUUCAAUUUGUUUCUUUUUUGCAUCAAUAUUUAUAAAUAUAUAUAAUAUAUGAACAUUAUGAAGGAAGAAACGAAAAAUAAGCCCAUCAUAAAAUUAAUUAUACACAUGUAAUAAAAGUUUACAAAUAUUUUUUUGCAAAGCGGAAAAUCAAGAAAAAAUUGAACAUAAGAAGUUUUAUGUGUAAACUUUCAAACUUUAUUACAGUUACGAUUUCGUUACCAAUAGAUAAGAAGAAAUUGCUUAAGAAAGUAAUUUAUGUAUUUGGCUCCGAAAAGAACCUUAAACAAAAGAGGAUAAUUAAUAAUGCACGCUAGAGUAAAAUGUUUUUACUUUCGCAAAAUGCUAUUCAUAAAUUUUCAUCGGCUAUGUUUCUGAAAAGUGGAGCUCGUUGCAAAAAAACGACAAAAUCAAUUCAAAUCGUCAACAUUCUCAACUUGAGCCAUUCCUCUUGCCAAUUUAUAUUUUUUUAAACGAAGAAACGUCUCAUAUAUUUUCUCUCGUGUAAUUGUUUUAUCUCGAUUUGCUACAAUUAGUGCAUUGUUGAAGUGCAUAAAACUAUAACUAUAUUUUGUUUAAAAUAUGUAUAAUUGUUUAUGUAAGAAAAAAACAAAUUUAAUUUAAAAUAAUGGUUAUUUUUUAAUUUUAAAUUAUGUUUCGAUAAAGGAUUAAAUUCAUAUACUAUUAGCAAAUUUCGUAUGUAUGCUUUCAAUGUUUUAAUUCAAUCAACUUUAAGUUUAAUUGUGUUGCAAUUUUGUUUAUUUCAAAUUACGAAACAUAAACGUGCCACCUCGCGUUUAAAGUAAAUGCAAAGUGGUUCUUAUUUAUUUAAUAAAAUUUAAAAUAUUCGCUUACUAAUCGUGAGAACGUUCUAGUACAGAAGAAACUCAUAUUGCAAAUAUCCAUUAAUAUAUGAAAAGAAUAUAUAUAUAUCUAUAUUUAAGGAUAAAUUUCAAUGAAUAUAAUUAAUAUAAAGUCUUUUUCUUUAUUCGAUUUAUUUAUUUUAAAAUUGAUUAAGACAAAUAUUUGUUUUUGUUGAUGUAACUAGUACCAAACAAAUUUAUCUGAUUCUUGGAAUAAAUAAUUUUAUAAUUUUUUUUUUAAAUAUCAAAUCAAAUGGAUUGAAUGGAUCGCAUUUUUAGUAACUGCAUAUAUUCAAUUGUCCUCAGAAAAAUUAUCCACGAAUAAAAAACGCCUGCCCGAGGUGAAAAUUCAUUUUAGUUAGAGAAAAUAACGUUUACUUUGCAAAUGAUGAGGAAGAAUGGGUAAACUGCGAUAGAUUUCACAAUUAUUAUUUAAACUAAAGAAUAUGUAAAAGCUAGUGUGAAUAAUUAAAACGCAACAGGAAGCGAAUAUAAUGUUUACUAGUGAUAUGAAAUUUCUUCGCAUUAACGCAAGCUAAAAUAAAAUUUCGAAAAUGUUCAUCGUGUUUGUCGUUUCUUUUUUUAAUUUUUCUACGAGUACUAAAAAAGCUAAAAUCAAUGUAUGUAUGUAUAUGUGAUUAUAAUUUGUAAUACAGAACUCAGUAAAAUAAUA